UUGGAAGAACAAGGACAGCCAUAAAAGGCAAGUUCAAAAAAAAUCAACAACAUAUGCUUAGCUCUAGUCUGCAGGGUUCCAAAACUGAACAGGCUACUCAAGAUGGGUGAUGUCAAGCUUGCUGUCUUGGGUGGCAAAGGUACAGGGAAGUCAGCUCUUACAGUAAGGUUUCUUACCAAGCGGUUCAUUGGGGAAUAUGCUUCUAAUUUUGAAUCUAUCUAUAAUAAACACUUGUGUUUGGAAGGGAAACCAUUAAAUCUGGAAAUAUAUGACCCAUGUUCUCAACCACAGAAAGCAAAGUGCUCCCUCACAAGUGAGCUGCACUGGGCAGACGGCUUUGUGAUUGUGUACGACAUCAGCAACAGGCCUUCCUUUGCUUUUGCAAAGGCCCUUAUCUACAGAAUUCGGGAACCACCAACGACUCAUUGUAAAAGGGUGGUGGAACCAGCUGUGGUUUUAGUUGGCAACAAGCAAGACCUCUGCCACAUGCGAGAGGUUGGCUGGGAUGAAGGGCAAAAGCUCGCGAUUGAUUUCCGCUGCCAAUUCUGUGAGCUGUCUGCAGCAGAGCAGUCCUUGGAGGUUGAGGUGAUGUUUCUCAGACUCAUCAAAGACAUUCUGAUGAUCUUCAAACAUAAGGAGAAGAGAAGACCCAGUGGGUCUAAAUCAAUGGCCAAACUGAUCAAUAAUGUAUUUGGAAAAAGAAGAAAAUCUGUUUAGAUUUUAGAUCAAAUCCCGUGGAAUUGAUCCAUCAAAGGGUUUUAAAUACUUAAAUGGCAAUUAAACUUAUGAUUUAUACAAUUAAAAGACAGAAUUUUUUUGAACUGUGAAAUGAGAAAAAAUUAGUCAUGGCUUCAUCUUAAAAUUUAUAAUUUGUUCCUUGAGUUAUAUUUGGUUCACAUUGUUUCCCACACAAAUUUUCACUUGUACGAGAGAACACUUACUCUGGUGUAAAAGUGGAGAGCUGAACUCAAUGCCUCAUUGAGAAAACCCUGCACAUGCUGCUUUAUUAA